UAAAAUUUUCAAAACUAGGGUUUUACGAAGCCGACGUCUAUUCCUUCUACUUCUCCAAUCUAGUCACUUUUCGAUCUUCCUUUUCGCAUUUCAUUUUUCCGGUCCUAAGAUGGCAGGAAAAGGCGAGGGUCCUGCGAUCGGAAUCGAUCUCGGGACGACGUAUUCGUGCGUGGGAGUAUGGCAGCACGAUCGUGUUGAGAUCAUCGCAAACGAUCAGGGGAACCGUACAACUCCUUCCUACGUAGCCUUUACAGAUACAGAGCGGCUAAUCGGCGACGCUGCAAAGAAUCAGGUCGCUAUGAAUCCUAUCAACACCGUAUUCGAUGCAAAACGCCUUAUUGGAAGAAGAUUUAGUGAUUCUACUGUUCAGAGUGAUAUAAAAAUGUGGCCAUUCAAGGUUGUGGCUGGUCCUGGGGACAAGCCUAUGAUUAUUGUUCAGUACAAAGGUGAGGAUAAACAGUUCGCUGCAGAGGAGAUUUCCUCAAUGGUUCUGAUAAAGAUGAGGGAGAUUGCUGAAGCCUACCUUGGCACCACCAUCAAGAAUGCUGUUGUUACUGUUCCCGCUUACUUCAACGAUUCACAGCGCCAAGCCACCAAGGAUGCUGGGGUUAUCGCUGGUCUUAAUGUCAUGCGCAUUAUCAAUGAGCCUACUGCCGCUGCCAUCGCCUAUGGUCUCGAUAAAAAGUCCUCUAGCGUGGGCGAGAAGAAUGUUCUUAUUUUCGAUCUUGGUGGCGGAACCUUUGAUGUCUCUCUUCUCACCAUCGAAGAAGGCAUCUUUGAGGUCAAGGCCACGGCCGGUGACACUCAUCUUGGAGGUGAAGAUUUUGAUAACAGGUUGGUCAGCCACUUUGUUCAAGAGUUCAAGAGGAAACACAAAAAGGAUAUCAGUGGAAAUCCAAGGGCUCUUAGACGCUUGAGAACCUCUUGCGAGAGAGCAAAGCGGACUUUAUCAUCAACUGCACAGACGACCAUUGAGAUUGAUUCUCUCUUUGAAGGAAUCGAUUUCUAUUCUACAAUCACUCGUGCUAGAUUCGAGGAGCUCAACAUGGAUCUAUUCAGAAAGUGUAUGGAGCCUGUGGAGAAGUGCCUCCGCGAUGCCAAGAUAGACAAGAGCUCCGUCCAUGAUGGUGGAUCCACCCGAAUUCCUAGGGAUCAGCAGUUGCUUCAAGAUUUCUUCAAUGGAAAGGAGCUCUGCAAGAGCAUUAAUCCGGAUGAGGCUGUUGCUUAUGGUGCUGCAGUCCAAGCAGCUAUUCUGAGCGGGGAAGGCAAUGAGAAGGUGCAGGAUCUUCUAUUGCUGGACGUAACCCCGCUUUCUCUAGGCUUGGAGACUGCUGGUGGUGUCAUGACUGUCUUGAUUCCCAGGAACACCACUAUUCCCACCAAGAAGGAGCAGGUCUUCUCUACCUACUCCGACAACCAGCCGGGUGUUCUUAUCCAGGUUUAUGAAGGUGAGAGGACGAGGACCAAGGAUAACAACUUGCUUGGCAAGUUUGAGCUCUCCGGCAUUCCGCCAGCCCCACGGGGAGUGCCUCAGAUUACGGUUUGCUUUGAUAUCGAUGCCAAUGGUAUCCUGAAUGUCUCCGCUGAGGAUAAGACGACUGGGCAAAAGAACAAAAUCACCAUCACAAAUGACAAGGGAAGGCUUAGCAAAGAUGAAAUUGAGAAAAUGGUGCAGGAAGCUGAGAAGUACAAGUCUGAAGAUGAAGAGCAUAAGAAGAAGGUGGAGGCGAAGAACACAUUGGAGAACUAUGCCUAUAACAUGAGGAACACCAUUAGGGAUGAAAAGAUUGCCUCGAAGCUGAAUGCUGCUGAUAAGAAGAAGAUCGAGGAUGCCAUCGAUCAGGCGAUACAUUGGCUUGAUAAUAAUCAGCUAGCUGAGGCUGAUGAGUUUGAUGAUAAGAUGAAGGAAUUGGAGGGCAUCUGUAAUCCUAUAAUUGCCAAGAUGUAUCAGGGAGGUGAGGGAGUGCCUGCUGGUAUGGAUGAAGAUGGUCCUGCUCCAGGUGGAAGUGGCGCUGGCCCUAAGAUUGAGGAGGUUGACUAAAGGGUUCUCUUAUAUUCAAGUUUGGGUUCGACAGAUGUGCUGUGUUGCAGUUCUAGCGUUUUAUUUUUACUGGUUAUGUUUUGAUCAAACUAUUGUUUUGAAUGGAUGAGCUCGGUUAUGUUAGGCUCUUCAUUACUACUAUGGUUUUGUAACGGCUCGGAAUUUAUGCGGUUUAUUUGUUUGCUUUUUUGUAGUUUUUCUAUGCUGGACUUUAUCAUCGUUUUGUCAGUUCUUUUGGGGUUAAAUGUUUGUUUGCCUUCGAUUA